GUUUAUUUAAGAGUCGACCGUCGCCAUCAGCGCGCACGCUUUCUGUUCAUUAAUAACAAUAUCAAUAUUAUCGUAGAACGUCAAAAUGGCACGUACGAAGCAAACCGCCCGCAAGUCCACCGGUGGUAAAGCGCCACGCAAACAGCUGGCCACCAAGGCUGCGCGUAAGAGCGCCCCGGCGACCGGCGGUGUCAAGAAGCCCCAUCGUUAUAGGCCCGGCACCGUGGCCCUCCGUGAGAUCCGUCGCUACCAGAAGAGCACAGAGCUCCUGAUCCGCAAGCUUCCGUUCCAACGUCUAGUGCGCGAGAUCGCCCAGGACUUCAAGACCGACCUCCGCUUCCAGAGCUCCGCCGUUAUGGCCCUCCAGGAGGCCAGCGAGGCUUAUCUCGUGGGACUCUUCGAAGAUACGAACCUUUGCGCCAUCCACGCUAAGCGUGUCACCAUCAUGCCAAAGGAUAUCCAACUCGCGCGCAGGAUCAGAGGCGAACGCGCCUAAGACUACUAGUGAGUGAUCGUGCGCGGUGUCGUUACUUACGUACUCACGUUCGUGCACCCGCCACCUCCUCCAAAGCAAAAGGCCCUUUUCAGGGCCACAAA